UACUGUCAUAUGAAAAAAAAUUAUAAGCGUUCACUGAUUGUUGCGUUUGUAAAUUGAAAUAAAAUUUAUUUAUCAAUUUAAUAAUUAAUAAAAAUGUCAAAUUUAGUUGUUAUUAAACCAACUGCUGAACACACUGCAACGCUUAUUUUUUUACAUGGUUUGACUGAAACUGGUAACAUAUGGGCAUCGAAACUCAAAAAUAUUCAGCCACCAUUUAUGAAAAUUAUUUGUCCAACUGCAGAAAAAAUACCAAUGACAUUUCAAAAUGGUUAUCGAAUGAAUUCUUGGUUUGAUGUGGAAAAAAUUGGAAUGCAUGAACCAGAAAAUGAAAUAGGAAUUGAAUUAGCAUCAAAAAAUGUUCACAAUAUGAUUGAAGAUGAAAUAAAAUUAGGAACACCAUCAGAUAGAAUUAUCCUUGGUGGUUUUAGUCAAGGUGGUGCACUUGCACUAUAUUCAUUUAUAACAUUUCCUAAAAAAAUUGGUGGUGUUGCUUUAUUUUCUGCGUGGUUACCUUUGCAUAACUAUUAUCCAGAAAAUUUUGUAGCGAGUAAAGACACACCAUUGUUGAUGUGCCAUGGUAAGAAGGAUUCACUGAUAUCUUUUGAAUGGGGAACAAUGACAAGAGACGUACUGAAAAGUAUGGUGCAAGAUGUUAAUUUUAUAACAUAUCCUCAAUUAAUUCAUGAAGUAUGUGACCAGGAAAUUCAAGAACUUAAAAGUUUUAUUGAUAGAGUUUUAAAAACAUAAUAUCAAUUGAAAAGUAAAAUAAAAUUUUAAAACUGGGUGUAAUUUAUUAAUCAUUUUGAAAAAAAAUUAAAUUUAUAAUUUAUAUGCAUUUAGUUAUAAUUUUACUAUUGACAAUAAAAUUUUCAAUUAUUAUUUUUUUUUCUUUCCAUAUUUAAAUUUACAGAUAAUCAUUUAAAAUAAUUAACAUUUUUAAAUUAGAAUAUAAGUAAUUUAAAGUACGUUUAUAUUAAAAAAAUAAAAUUAUUUUUCUUUUUGUUUAUGUAUUUAUAAUAAAUUGUGUUGAUUAUUUUUAUUAAAUAUAAUUGAAAAAAAAAAUUGUUUAAUAUUCGAGUUACUAGUGUUUAUGUUAUGUUUCGAAAAUAAAAUUACAACGUGAUUUUUUUUAAAUGAAAUAAUAAAAAAAUAAUAGUUUAAAAUAUAUAGAAAAGUAAUAAUUAUAUUGAAAAAUAAUUCAUUAUUAUUCAAACCAAUAUUAGGGUUACAAUUGACUAUUCAAAAAUAUAAUUAAUUUUAUCAUAAUCAUUGUAACUGUGUCAUUGAUGUCAACGAAUGAAUAAUUUAUCAAAAAUUAUAAAUUAUAAUAAUGAAAAUAUGAAUAUUUAACAACAAAACAACAAACCGUAUGAAGAAAUUUCCAAUGAAUUAUGAAAUAUAAAUUGAACAUCAAUUUAAAGUUGAAUAAAUUUUAAAAAUCUAUAAUUUCAUCAUUGAUAAAAUUUUAAAUAAAAAACAUUAAAAAAUAAAA